AUGGCUUUCAGAUCAACAAUUAUAAUUUUCGUGUUUGCAAUUAUUUGCUUAUUAAAUUAUUCCAGCGCGGCAAAGCCUAUUGGAGCAGUCUCAGCAGUUGUUGUUUAUGGGGAGGAAUUGACCAACAAAGAUUCAGGGGCUGACCUCAGCGACCCGUAUGUUAAACUAUGGGUCGAUGGAAAUCAUAAAAAGCAGACAACAGUUAAAAAAAACACCUUAAACCCUUAUUGGGAUGAAACUUUCGUCUUCAAUUUUUUUCCGGGAUCUCACAAGCUCCAUGUCGAAGUUUGGGAUAAGGAUUAUAAUGGGGACAACGAUGAUUUGAUGGGCCAGGCCGUAAUUGAUUUGGACAACUACUGUAUACCUACCGCAGCGGCACCUGUUUGUGAUAUCGGUGGUAUAUUUGCCGAGUUUGAUGAUACGCAUCUAAAUUACGUCGUUUUGGACGCCAAAUGGCAUUUGUUUUAA